CAGUUUCUCCCACUGUCACCAUAUGAUGUCAGCCUAUUCCGUCCUCCAUUCUUUGCAUUCGGAGACUGGAAGCUGCCGGUUGGAUAGAAGGGAGACCGAGACUGUAUAUUCAAUUUAAAAAAGCGGCAUCACCUCCUCCACUACAGUAUACGCAUUACAAUCAGGAACCAGGGAUCCUUUAUUCCAUAAUCAUCACCGGCUGCCUAGUGGAUAUAUAUUUUCACCAGCCAGUAGAUCAUUGAAAGUGUGGAUUAGGAGGUCGUUCGUUGAGUUCCACGUUAAUCUUUUUUUUUUUUUUACAAACAAAAUGCACCUCUAGGAUUGCUGUAUAGAGCUGUACACAACGUCUUUUGCACCGCUACAGAACGUGAACAAUUGAUUGGUAAGGUUUUGAAGAUACUUUUCAGUUUGUUAUGGCACGGGGACAGGAAGAUAUAUCUCUGCUAUCUGUGGUUGUGGUAGGAUUUCUUCUGAGGAUGUGUCUACUACCAUCUGGCAAAGGACUUUCUCCCAAACAUGCUCCGGAAGUGCUUGAUGACAGUAAAGACAAUAUCACCAUAUUUACAAGGAUUCUUGACAGAUUAUUGGAUGGCUAUGAUAAUAGACUAAGACCAGGACUUGGGGAUGCAGUAACAGAAGUGAAGACUGAUAUUUAUGUGACCAGCUUUGGGCCAGUCUCUGACACAGAUAUGGAGUACACAAUAGAUGUGUUCUUCAGACAGAGUUGGCUGGAUGAAAGAUUAAAAUUUGAUGGACCAAUGAAAACACUACCUCUGAAUAACCUGCUGGCUAGCAAGAUUUGGACACCAGAUACCUUCUUUCAUAAUGGGAAAAAAUCAGUUGCUCACAACAUGACUACACCUAAUAAACUGCUGAGGCUCAUUGACAAUGGAACUCUUCUGUACACAAUGAGGCUAACAAUUCAUGCUGAGUGUACAAUGCACCUUGAGGAUUUCCCAAUGGAUGUUCAUGCUUGUCCCCUCAAAUUUGGCAGUUAUGCCUACCCUAAAACAGAGGUAGUUUAUUCCUGGACAAAUGGUUCUGAUAAAUCUGUGGCUGUGGCCCCCGAUGGCUCCCGUCUAAAUCAGUAUGAUCUUCUGGGCUUGGUGGUAGGAACUGAGACAAUACGUUCAAGCACAGGUGAAUAUAUUGUUAUGACUACUCACUUCCAUCUCAAGCGUAAGAUUGGAUACUUUGUCAUUCAAACAUACCUUCCAUGUAUAAUGACUGUAAUCCUGUCACAAGUAUCUUUUUGGCUAAAUCGGGAAUCUGUUCCCGCCAGGACGGUGUUUGGAGUCACCACUGUUCUAACAAUGACUACACUAAGCAUCAGUGCCAGAAAUUCUCUGCCCAAGGUUGCCUAUGCUACAGCGAUGGAUUGGUUUAUGGCAGUGUGCUAUACAUUCGUCUUCUCUGCACUUAUUGAGUUUGCGACAGUCAAUUAUUUCACCAAGAGGGGCUGGGCCUGGGAUGGGAAGAGAGUGCAGGAAGGGCAUGCUUUCAAGAAAAAGGACCCCAUAAUCUUGUCUAAGAAGUCUAACACAACAUAUAACAUAGUGGGAACAACAUAUACACUGAGCGUCAAGGAACCGGUUCUUACUACCAUUGCCAAGAGUGCAACACUUCCUCUACCUAGUGUUCCAACACAAUGCCUUGAGCACAAACAUCUGGAUGGCAAGAAAACCUAUAACAGCGUGAGCCGCAUUGACAAGAUAUCUCGCAUAAUCUUCCCUGUGCUUUUUGCCAUUUUCAAUCUAGUCUACUGGGCCACAUAUGUCAAUCGAGAGUCGGCUAUCAAAGGCAUGAUUCCCAAGUAAUUGAUUUUAGCUCUCUCAAUUUGCUCAUUAACUAUAAGGGGAGAUAAACCUCUUAUCUACCAGACGGAACAUUAUGGUGGUGAGGGAGAUAACAUUUUAUAUAAAUGUAUUCACUGUGAAGCGUACCUCCAAGGAGGCAUUUGUACGUUUGUUUGUGCUUUGUUUCUUAUGUUGGAGUUUGGUAUGACUGACCAAGUGUUUGCAGAUGUGGUUCCCAAAAUCUCCAUAAUCUUAAAUGUAAACCUUUGUUUAGGCAUGGGUACAUAUUUUAGCUUAUGUGCUAUAAGUAUACCCACCAGUCUCAAACCCCUUAAUAGGCACUUAUGUUCUAAAGCUAAUUCCUGCACUCACUUUCUCCUGUAACUGCUACUUCUUACAAUUAAGUCAAUUAAGUUAGCUGAUAUUAUUCUUUCCUUGAUAAAAUAUUUUGUUACUUAACUAUUUAGUUUUAACAUUUGACAGCCAAUAUUUUAAACUGAUAUAUACUGAGAUUAAGUAUUUAAAAGGAUUGCGUU